AAAGAAAAACAAAUAUUCAGCUGUCACGAUUUAUAUGCAUCAUCCUGUAUAUGACAUAAUAUAUGAAUAUAAAAUUUCUGGAAAUAUAACUUAUAUUUUUCCAACCGAAGAUAAUUUAAUACUGAUCUACAGCCAAAUGCUAGAUCAACACCUGAUGAAUCCUAUCAAUAAAUUUAACUUAGCGCUGACAAAAAUUGCAGAAUCGUUAUUAAAUGCAGCAUUGUACUGUCACCACAAAAUUUCAACAACAUUCCUACCAACAGCAGUGAAAUUUCAUUACGUAUUUAAUCUACGUGAUCUCUCAAACAUCUUUCAAGGCAUACUGUUUGCACACGGUGAGACUGUUCCGACUGCAAAUCAUUUGAUCAGAUUGUACGUUCACGAAGCAACAAGAGUGUAUUCGGAUAAAUUAAUCAAUGCUGAAGAUAAAAAAGCCUUUCAGCAAUUGCUGAAGGAGUCGCUUCGCAAAAAUAUUUCUGAAAUGGACGAAAAUAUUGUAUUUGCUGGACCAAUAAUAUAUUGUCAUUUUGCGGAAGGAAUCGGUGAACCAAAAUAUAUGCCAAUAAAAGAUUGGCAACAAUUAACAAAGUUACUGGAUGAAGCUCUGGUUAACUAUAACGAACUGGUAGCGGCAAUGAAUCUGGUUUUAUUCGAAGAUGCUAUGUACCAGGUUUGUCAAAUAAAUCGCAUUCUGGAGUCGCCAAGAGGAAACGCAUUGCUUGUUGGUGUUGGAGGAAGCGGAAAACAAUCUCUUUCUAGCCUUGCGUCUUUCAUCGCAGGCUUAGAGGUUUUUCAGAUACAAUUACGAACAGGUUAUUCGAUGACUGAUUUAAGAGGCGAUUUAUCAGGUUUAUAUUUGAAAUCUGGAUUGAAAGGAAUCGGAAUAACUUUCAUGAUGACUGAUUCUCAUAUCGCCGAUGAAAAAUUUCUGGUACUUAUAAACGAUAUGCUCGCUUUUGGCGAAAUCUCCGAAUUAUUCGCCGAUGAUGAGGUAGAUAAUAUCGUGAACGCCUUAAGAACUGAGGUAAAACAAACCGGUACGAUGGAUACCAAAGAAAAUUGCUGGAAAUUUUUCAUAAAUCGAGUUCGAAAUUUGUUAAAAUGCAUUCUUUGCUUUUCUCCCGUUGGUGCAACAUUACGAAACAGGGCUAGACAGUUUCCAGCAAUCGUAAACAACACUUCGAUCAAUUGGUUUCAAAGCUGGCCACAGGAUGCCUUGAGAUCAGUUUCCUCCAGGUUCUUAGAAGAAUUAGAAGACCUUCCAAAAAAAUACAAGCCAUCAGCCUCUUUGUUCAUGUCAUACGUGCAUACUAGUGUGAAUGAUAUAUCUUCGCUUUAUUUACAAAACGAGAGAAGGUACAACUAUACGACUCCAAAAACGUUCUUGGAGCAAAUUUCUUUGUAUUCGAAAUUGCUUGUGGAAAGAACCUACGACGUAAAAGCGAUGAUAGAGAGAUUGAAAAACGGCUUGGAAAAGCUAGAAUCUUGUGCUGGCCAAGUAAGCGAAUUAAGAGUGGUGUUAGCAGCCCAAGAAAUCGAAUUGAAAAAGAAGAAUGAAAUUGCAGAUAAAAUUCUUGCCGAAGUCCGAGCAGAGAAUACUAAAGCCGAAGGGGAAAAAGCUAUUGUGUCCGAGGAAGAGGCAAAGGUAGCCGAAAUAAAAGAAACAGUAGCAGAGAGACAAAGGAGGUGCGACGAGGAUUUAGCAAAAGCAGAGCCUGCUGUUCGGCAAGCUGAAGCUGCUCUUGACACAUUAAAUAAAAACAACUUGACAGAACUAAAAUCCUUUGGAACGCCACCGGAACAAGUAGCGAUGGUGGCACAAGCUGUUUUAGUUUUAUUUUCCCCCAGAGGUCAAAUUCCAAAAGAUAGAAGUUGGAAAGCGUGCAAAGCGAUGAUGGGACAUGUUGACACAUUCCUCUCGCAACUUCGAAAUUAUGACAAAGAGAAUAUUCAUCCUGAAGUAGUCAAGGCUAUCCAACCUUAUAUCAACAACAAAGAUUUUGACCCAGAGAUUAUUUAUUCAAAAUCACAAGCCGCUGCAGGUCUUUGCAGCUGGGUGAGAAAUAUAAUGGUUUUCCAUUAUAUUAAUGAAACAGUGAAACCAUUAAGAGCUGCACUUGCACAAGCUAAUGCCGAGUUAAAAGCUGCUAUGGAUCACUUGAAUGCUUUGAGGACACGAUUAGCGGAAUUGCAAAAAGUACUCGACGUUUUAGGAGAAAGGAUGAAUGCAGCUUUAGCUGAGAAACAAAAAUGUCAAGACGAAGCUGACGCUACUGCUUUAACAAUUGACCUUGCAAAUAGAUUAGUGAACGGUUUAGCAUCCGAAAAAAUUCGAUGGACUGAGGAGGUAGAAAGUUUGACGAACUCGUGUGUAACGGUACCAGGGGAUGUGCUGAUUGUAACAGCAUUUUUAUCAUACAUGGGAUCUUUCACUCGAAAAUAUAGAUCUGACUUAAUGUACGAAAAUUGGUUACCGUUUCUGGAAAAUUUGGAAGUAAAAAUACCGAGGACUACUGAAUUGGAUGUACUGGCUUUAUUGACAGACGAUGCACAAAUUGCACAAUGGAACAACGAAGGUUUACCAACAGACAAAAUGUCCUCGGAAAAUGCAACAAUUUUAAUGAAUUCAACAAGAUGGCCUCUAAUGAUAGAUCCACAAUUACAAGGAUUAAAAUGGAUAAAAAAUCGAUAUGGCGAAGAUUUACAAGUGCUGAGGCUUACUCAACCGAAUUAUUUAUACUUAAUUGAAAUUUCCAUUGCGAACGGAGGUAUUGUUUUAAUUGAAAAUAUCAUGGAAGCCAUCGACCCCAUUUUAGAUCCGGUUAUAAAGAGAGAUCUAAUAAAAAAAGGAAGAGCGAUAAAAAUUUGGGACAAAGAAGUAGAUUAUGACCCUCGUUUCCGGCUAAUUUUACAAACGAAGUUAGCUAACCCUCAUUACAAGCCCGAGAUACAAGCCCAAACUACUCUUAUCAACUUUACUGUAACAAAAGAUGGUUUGGAGGAACAACUUCUGGGUGACGUUGUGAAAGCCGAAAGACCUGAUUUAGAAUCCAAAAAAGCGGAAUUAACUACUCAACAAAAUACCUUCAAAAUUACCUUGAAGAGAUUGGAAGAUGAUCUUUUACACAGGUUAUCGACUGCUGGGCCAGACAUUUUAAGCGACGUCGAUCUCGUGAUCAAUCUCGAAACCACGAAAAAAACUGCUGCGGAAAUAGAAAUAAAAGUAGCUGAAGCUAGAGUGACUGCUGUAAAGAUAGACGAGGCUCGAGAAAUUUAUCGUCCUGUUGCGGCUCGAGCCAGCCUCUUAUAUUUCGUUUUAAACGAUUUGAACAAGAUCAAUAUGCUCUAUCAGUUUUCUUUGAAAGCUUUCAGCGUUGUCUUUCUAAACGCAAUUAGAUUUGCAGUAGCUUCGGAGGAUUUAGCUAAGCGCGUAGCUCUUUUAAUGGAUAGCAUCACUUAUUUAGUUUUCAUUUAUACAAGCAGAGGAUUAUUUGAAGCCGAUAAAUUGACCUUCCUCUGUCAAAUGACCAUUCAGAUUUUUAUGGAAGCAAAAGAAAUAUCACAAUCAGAACUUGACUUCCUAUUAAGAUUUCCGUAUAUUCCCGAGUUAACCAGCCCUGUAGACUUCUUAACAGACGUCGGUUGGGGAGGGAUUAAAUAUUUGAGCCAAAUGGAGGAUUUCCAAAAUUUAGAAAAAGACAUAGAAGGCGCUGCGAAACGGUGGAAGAAGUUUGUAGAAUCAGAUACGCCGGAACGAGAAAGUUUCCCACAAGAUUGGAAAAAUAAAACCGCUCUGCAAAGAUUAUGCAUCAUGAGGUGUCUUCGACUAGAUCGUAUGACUUACGCGAUUAGCCAAAGCUCAUACCGCGCUGAGUGCACUUUUUUUCGUCACCAAAAUAAUAUCCCAAUAAUCUAUCACUUAAAAAGAAAAAUAGGGAUUAAAAGAAAUACUCUGCGAUGA